AUGUCUCAAAAGGCGCUAAUACUCGAUCGACAAUUUGGAGACUUCGUGCUCACAACUUUGCCAAUUCCAAAGCCGGAACGCGAGGAAGUCAUCGUCAAGAUCGAAGCUUCCGGGUUAAACCCAGUCGACUGGAAAAUUCAAGAUACUGGUCUCUGGGUGGAGAAGUAUCCCGUUGUUCUAGGAACUGAUAUUGCUGGAGAAGUCGUCGAACUUGGAGAAGGUGUCACAACUGUUUCUAAAGGCGACAAAGUCGUCCUCCAAGGUACCAUCAGAAAAGAGGACGGCAGCGAGGCGGGCUUUCAGCAGUACUGCAGAGCAGAUGUACACACCCUUGCAAAGAUCCCAAGCAACAUCACUGUCGCGGAAGCGGGUACGCUCCCUGUGGCCUUGACCUGUGCAUAUGUGGGACUUUAUAAUGUUAACCCACAUGGACGGGGCUUUGAGCCACCUCUAACCUCUGGGCGAGCCAAGUACGUCGGAGUCCCUCUCGUGGUCCUGGGAGGCGCGAGUUCCGUUGGACAAUAUGUUCUUCAGCUUGCCAGCCUCUCUGGCUUCAAUCCCAUUAUCACAACAGCCUCGACCAAGCACACCGAAUUCUUGAAGACUCUGGGAGCAACGCACGUUCUUGACCGAUCGCUCUCGUUUGAAGCAUUACAGUCUGCCAUCAAGGAGAUAACGCAGAGCCCCAUUGAGACGGUAUACGACGCCAUCUCUUCUGCCGAGACUCAGAGGGCUGGCCACGACUUGCUCGUCCCUGGAGGCCAGCUUCUCAUCACCCUGAGGCCAUCGAUCGAAGCAUCCGACAGCAAGACAAUCAUCGGCGUCUUGGGUGUCAAGCAGCUGCCACACAAUGUGAAGCUCUUGCGCGACUUCUAUUCCAAACUAGCGGAGUUUCUUCGAGAAGGCAUCCUCAAGCCAAACCGAGUAGAGACCCUCCCUAACGGACUGGGCGGUGUCAACGAUGGCCUGCAACGUUUGAAGCAUAAUAAAGUUUCCGGUAUCAAACUCGUCGCGCUUCCUCAAGAGACUCCUUAG